GAAGGGGGUGGGGCCUCAUCGUGUCGGCGGACCACGUGGAGUGGACACCGCAGCCAGGGUGGAAGCCGAACCCGGCCAGCGUUGCUCCGGCACCUCGCGUUGCGCCGCCGCCACGUGGAGCCGGCUCCGCUCAAGACGUCUUCUACCGCGUCGGCCUUCGUCACCCCGCCUCACCCCCGUGAGCUCAUGCCGCACCUCUCCUCCCUGAGCCUGGAUGUCACCCCGACUGCUGCUGCCUCGUGCCCCGGGGUCACCAUGGAACCCGCUGAGGAGAAGGGCGACCCAGAGCCGAGCAAGACGCUGGGGGCUGUGAAUGAAGAGCAGCAGCAGCAGCGUGUAACUGAUGCCUCCAGCAUCGAAGCCGAUCUUACGACUCAUGGCGGUGAUCACAGAGAGGAGCAUGAGAAGCCGGAUAAAGAUACAGACGAUAGUGAUGAGGAAGAUGAAGAGGAAGAGGAGGAGGAAGAGGAGCCUCCCAAAGAGCCGCGCGUGAGAGAGGCGCCAGAGGACAUCAAACUGGAGGCAAUCGCGACCACCAUGUGCAUGCACCCGUCACGCGACGUGAUGGCCGUGGGCGACCUCGAUGGAGAUAUCUUCCUGUACUCGUACUCGUGCACGGAGGGAGAGACGCGCGAGCUGUGGUCCUCGGGACAUCACCGCAAGGCGUGCCGCGGCCUCGCCUUCUCUGACGACGGCGCCCAGCUCUACUCCGUGUCCAAAGACAAGUCUGUGCUGCUGUUUGACGUGGAGCAGGGCAAGCUGGUGAAGAGGAUUCAGAAGGCUCACGACUCGGCCAUCUACAGCCUCGCGGUGAUCGACGAGAACCUGACAGCGACGGGCGGUGACGACGGCGUCGUGCGCGUGUGGGACUUCCGCCAGGGGACGUACGUCAUGGAGCAGCUGGAGCACACCGACUUCGUCAGCAGCAUGGUCGUGGGAGAUGACAAGAGGACGUUGCUCACCACUAGUGGCGACGGGACGCUGUGCGCCUUCAACGUGCGGCGCCGGAGGUUCGACGUCAAGUCCGAGGUGCAGGACUGCGACCUCACCUCCCUCGCCAUUGUCAAGGAGGGGACCAAGGUGGUGUGUGGCUCGAGCGAGGGCUGGCUGCUGCUCUUCAACUGGGGUGGCUUUGGCGCGGUCAGCGACCGGUUCUCCACGCGCACCGAAUCGGUCGACUGCCUGGCACGCGUUUCAGACAACCUAGUGUGCACGGCCAGCAUGGACGGCAUCAUCAGGGCGGUGAGCCUGCUGCCAAACCGCGUGCUCGGCGUGGUGGGGCAGCACGGAAAUGACCCCAUAGAGGCGCUGGUGCUCACGGGGGAUGGACGCUUCCUGACGAGCUGCGGGCACGACCAGCUUGUCAAGUUCUGGCCGGCAGAUGAGCUGCGCCGGCGCAAGGUCAACGACUACCGGCGCCGCGUGCAGAAGAACCGCCCGCUCCUCGGACUCAAUGCCAAGGCCGACACGGCCGACGAUUUCUUCGCGGGGCUCCUGGAAGGGGCGCCAGAUCCGACCGCGCCACCGCAAAGUUCGCAGGGCGGCAAGCGCCGGCACGAGUCCGACAGCGAUGACUCGGAUGACUCGGAUGACUCGGACUGAAGGUGGGGGUGGUGGAGGGAGAUCGGGACUGCGAGCUCCAGACACACGUUUGAGACGUCACGCACACACAGUGAGCGAGUCGAGAUGCGUGAAGGUGAUGCGAGGGUUGGCCGUAGAGGACCGAUUUUGUUUGGUGCCGUUUGACUCUUUUUCAACUGUACAACCGAGCCGCGCCAGGGCCAUGCCGAGCCAGCGCUGCGCUCCUCGAGAGGCGCCGGGAUUGUUUUUCCACUGCGCGAAACGUGCCGUGGCGUGCCGCGGACGUCGCUAACAAGGCGAUCGGCGUGUAGGCAGUUGUGUACUAACGUCACGCAGCGAACGGGUCGGCACGCGUGUUAUUUCUAUUACGUGAUUAUUUACGUUUGUUUACCUAGGAAAGCCUCAUUGAGGCUCAUGACUAUAUUUUUGUCAGGGUCCUGUGAAAUGUUUGCGUUGAGUGCUUUGUAUAGUUCUAGAUUUGAAGCUUUCGUGACUGCAAGGAUCCAUACUCUUUGGUUCUAUUCGGUAAAGUCACGUAGGUAAAAAAUAAAACAACAUUUUUUACCUACGUGACUUUACCGAAUAGAACCAAAGAGUAUGCUUUGUAUAGUGCCAAUUGAGUGAUUGUGCUGCGCACUUAACAUUUGGCAAAUUUAGACCACGACCCUGACACAGUGGCCGACCCUUGCAAAUAACAUCACGGGAUUCUUAACGUCGACAGUGAAGCAGACGGCGCGUAGUGUUUUGUAUAAUUAAUACAACCCGCAGUAUUAAUCAGGGCGGCCGCUGAAUUCCAGUCGUGAACCUCUGCAACACGAGGCAAACCGUGAGGGUGCGUCAUCGCCCCAUGAUCCCGAUAUCCCAGGAGAGAUGGGCACUUGAGUCGGUGGCGAGGUAGACUGGCGAGGUCUUGGUUGAUGGUUCGGUGGUUGUCGUUGGCAAGAAAACGUGUCAACUCCCUUGCAGCUUGUAUUUCCCUGCGAAUAUUUGGUGGCGGAACGUUCGCUGGAAUAGUCAGGCCCGCGGGGUCGGCGUCGGUUUCAGCGUCGCGGUUACGAUGCGCGUCGCGUUCUUCACUUGUGCAUCGAGCAGUUUCGAGGACGAGCUCCCGGACUUCCAACGACAUCACCGAACGCAAGCGAUGUCGCAGACGUCUUCCGUUUAAUAAAACAUCCGUGUUCCAUUGUCUUAUGAAUCUUGACAGUUGACUGGUUGAAUCCACUUGAUAAUCCACUUGAAAAUCGGUCAGUCGUUGACCCCCCCUCUCCACCAAUUUCGAGCUGUCCUUGGGGCCCCCCUCUGACACAGCACCCCUACAGUGUAGUUGCGUCAAGGAUGAUGAUUCACUCUCCAUAAAUCUUCUUCCCGCACCGCGCACUCACGCCCAGCGCGCUCGCCCCCGAAUCUCCGAACCUCGUUCCGCAUUCUAAAAUACAGCUUGGGUUGAAAUUAAA